CGCAUCUGUCGCUCUUGGCAUCGGUCGGAGGCGGGAGAUCAUGGUGCUGGACGAACUGUGGGCCGCGCUGUCUGGCGCCUCUGGGGCUGCCCUGGCCUGCUGCUUCGUCGCGGCGGCCGUGGCCCUGCGCUGGUCAAGUCACCGGCCGGCGCGGGGCGCGGUGGCCCGGGCGCGACAGAGGCAGCAGGCGGCCCUGGAGACCAUGGACAAGGCGGCGCAGCGCUUCCGCCUCCAGAACCCUGACCUGGACUCAGAGGCACUGCUGGCCCUGCCCCUGACUCAGCUGGUGCAGAAGUUACACAGUGGGGAGCUGUCCCCUGAGGCGGCACUCUUCACCUACACCGGAAAGGCCUGGGAAGUAAACAAAGGGACCAACUGUGUGACCACCUACCUGGCAGACUGUGAGACUCAGCUGUCCCAGGCCCCACGGCGGGGCCUGCUCUAUGGCGUCCCUGUGAGCCUCAAGGAGUGCUUCAGCUACAAGGGCCAGGACUCCACGCUGGGCUUGAGCGUGAACGAGAGCGCGCCUGCAGACUGUGACAGCGUGGUCGUGCGGGUGCUGAAGCAGCAGGGCGCUGUGCCCUUCGUGCACACCAACAUCCCUCAGUCCAUGUUCAGCUAUGACUGCAGUAACCCCCUCUUUGGCCAGACCUUGAAUCCGUGGAAGUCCUCCAAAACCCCAGGGGGCUCCUCCGGGGGUGAAGGAGCCCUCAUUGGGGCUGGAGGCUCCCCCCUGGGCUUAGGCACUGACAUUGGAGGCAGCAUCCGCUUUCCCUCGGCCUUCUGUGGCAUCUGUGGCCUCAAGCCCACAUCAAACCGCAUCAGCAAGAGUGGCCUGAAGGGCUGUGUCUAUGGACAGGUAGCAGUGCAGCUCUCAGUUGGCCCCAUGGCCCGGGACGUGGAAAGCCUAGCACUGUGCCUGCGAGCACUGCUGUGUGAGGACAUGUUCCGCUUGGACCCCACCGUGCCCCCGCUGCCCUUCAGGGAGGAGGUCUACACAAGCUCUCGGCCUCUGCGUGUGGGGUAUUAUGAGACUGACAAGUAUACCAUGCCCACCCCGGCCAUGAAGCGGGCAGUGCUGGAGACGAAGCAGAGCCUUGAGGCUGCUGGCCACACGCUGGUUCCCUUCCUGCCAAGCAACAUACCCCGUGCUCUGGAGACCCUGUCAACCGGUGGGCUGUUCAGUGAUGGAGGCCACAGCUUCCUGCAGAACUUCAAAGGUGAUUUCGUGGACCCCUGCUUGGGGGACCUGAUCUCCAUUCUGAAGAUGCCAAGGUGGUUGAAAGGACUGCUGGCUUUCGUGCUGAAGCCUCUGCUCCCAAGGGUGGCAGCUUUUCUUAACAGCAUGAAGCCCCGGUCGGCUGGCAAGCUCUGGGAACUGCAGCACGAGAUCGAGGUGUACCGCAACUCCGUGAUUGCCCAGUGGAGGGCGCUGGACCUGGACGUGCUGCUCACCCCCAUGUUGGGCCCUGCUCUGGACCUGAAUGCCCCAGGCAAGGCCACAGGGGCCGUCAGCUACACUCUGCUCUACAACUGCCUGGACUUCCCCGCGGGGGUGGUGCCUGUCACCUCGGUGACCGCAGAGGAUGAGGCCCGGAUGGAGCAGUACAGGGGCUACUUUGGGGAUAUCUGGGACAAGGCGCUACAGAAGGCCACGAAGAAGAGCGUGGGGCUGCCCGUGGCCGUGCAGUGCGUGGCUCUGCCGUGGCAGGAAGAGUUGUGUCUGCGGUUCAUGCGGGAGGUGGAGCAACUGAUGAGCCCCGAGAAGCGGCCAUCCUGACUGCUGCCUGCCUGCCGCCUGGCUCCGGAGGGCCCCAGACCGUCUCGAUCUGCACCCAGCCUCGUGCGGGCGUAGCGGCCGCCCUGGGAGGAAAUGUUUGGCCGGGGGCAGAGACCUCCAUGUCCCCCUCCCCCGAUCCCCUACAAGAAGCACAGACCCCCUGAGUCUGGACCUUGCUCCCCAUCCUGGUCCCCUCCCUCUGCCCUGACACACACCCCCCCUCCCAUGUGGCAGCCAGUGGGUAAGAUAUGGGCAGAGGCCCAUUAACGGUCAAGAAAUGUUUCUAGUCUGUGUAUUUUCUGGCUGGCAUUGUUAGGGCACUGGGGGUUGAGCCCUACUCCGGCCUUGGCAGUCUCCUGGUUCCCAACCCCCACAGGAGCCUUGCAGCCCCAGCACCCCCCUUCCCCGCUCCCCCUGCUUAGACUAAGACCUUCUUUGCUAGGCAUUGCCCUUCUCUUCUUUCUUUGCUCCUUUCCCUCUGCCGAGGACGCCCUUUCUGCUCCUCUGCCAUUAAAUCCUUUGAGGCCCUCCUCAGAUCCCUCUUUCUCGAGAAGGCCUUCCCUCCUUCCUCUGAGCCCUGGAAUAGGUGGGCUCUUUCUUUCCAGUCUGUCCUGUGUGGUGGGCAUCUGUGGGAGGGUUUGCCUUUCUCAGGACACUGGCUCUCCUUGACUGCAGGGACCCUAAUGCUGUAUCUUUGUCCUUAGUGGCCUGCACAGGGCUAGGCGCAGGGCAGCCGGGAGUCUGGAGUGCUGGCCAUGAGGUGGUGCUGUUGGGGGCGAGGGGGCCCUGGGCCUCAGGAAGGGAGCAUGAGACAAGGCGAUCUGGUAGAGAGCACUCACAGGGCCGGCCAAUGACUGGUUUGUUCUAGGAAGGCUUCCUGAAGGAGGAGGACCUGGGUUGAGUGUGGAAGGUUCCCAGAAGCUGAGAUGGGAGUAAGGACAUCCCAGGGAGAAGGAGCCAUACAUCCAGACACCAUGAUGAGUUCAGUAGACAGAGGUGUUGAAUGGGCAAAGGAGAAGCAGCAGAGAUGUAGGUGGAGGCCAAAUCAAGGUGGACUUUGGGCGUCAGUUCAGGAAUUUGAAUCCUGUCUCAGGGCAAUGGGGAGGUGUUAAAGGAUCACACAGAUGCAGCGAAGAGAGUAGACUGGGUAGAACAGAGCCUGGAGAGGGACAAGGAGGCUGCUCCAUGAUCCUAGUCUGGGGAAGGGGGCCUGGGGCCUGAGCUAGGGCCAUGGCCCAGGGGUAGGGAGAGAGGUGGUUUGGGAAUUGACAGUUGGGAUGGAAGUGAGCAGUCUCUGCUCAGAGUCUCACCUUUGCCCCAUCUGCCAACCUCCCUCUUACACGACUGUGUUGCCUGUGACUAAUCUGGGGGCUUCUUGGUCCCCUUAAGCAAAGUUUACUCUCCCCUGGCCCCAGCCCUAGCUCCCCUGUUUAUCGUAGAGGACGUUUCUGACCCUCGGGUCGGGCACACCCCUGGUUCUACCUGGCUCUCUUCAAAUUCUUUUCAGGGCAGGCUGCCUUCCCAAGGCUUCCUUCUCCUUCCUGACUUUCCUACUCCUUCAGAGGGGCAUUUCCUUCCGGGUUACAUGCCCAGUGGUCCCUGCACUGUCUGACAGUGGUGUCCCUGCCUCAGUGGGACCGGUUUCAGGGUAGACGCGAAGGGCUGAUCAGAGGGCCUAACUUAACACAGACACCUAGAUCGGCUGGCCAGGUCGUUGAACUUUGCCCAGAUUCCUUGUAACUACUGUGUCAUUUUGCCUCAUAUCAUUCCAUAGAAUCAUCUGUACUCGCUCCACCCCCCAGCUUCUUACUCCUGCCCUGUUUCUCUCUUUGGUUACUGAUAGCC